CUUCGCCAUUUUGUACUGCUGCGCCGGGUAUUUAUCAGAAGAGUCGUGACUAUCCCGUUUACACUGCUAGUUAGGUGUUGAGACGGUUCCUGCUAUACUCGGUUUCUCAUUUCAAGCCUGUGGCCUUCGUUAGGUUUCGCGAAGUGCAAUUUUAAGAGUCGACAUUCCUAAUUAAUUUUGUAUAUUUAGAUUAUUUUUAUAUUGUGAGAAAGAAUGUCGGCCGAAGCUCCCGAAUACUCUCCGUUCUUCGCAGUGAUGGGUGCCUCUGCGGCUAUGGUGUUUAGCGCCUUGGGAGCAGCCUAUGGCACAGCCAAGAGCGGUACAGGGAUAGCCGCCAUGUCCGUGAUGAGGCCGGAGCUCAUCAUGAAGUCAAUCAUCCCAGUGGUCAUGGCGGGUAUCAUAGCCAUCUACGGCCUGGUAGUAGCAGUGCUGAUUGCCAACAACAUCUCAGAGAAGGUCACCCUUUACAAGAGUUUCCUCCAUCUGGGAGCCGGGCUGAGCGUGGGCCUCAGUGGGCUGGCAGCAGGCUUCGCAAUUGGCAUUGUGGGCGACGCAGGCGUGAGGGGCACAGCUCAACAGCCAAGGCUUUUUGUGGGCAUGAUCCUCAUCUUGAUUUUCGCUGAGGUCUUGGGUCUCUACGGGCUUAUUGUUGCCCUCAUUCUCUCCACGAAAUAAACACCCAAACAUCUCCAUGUCAAGAUCUGUCCUUUUAUGUUGCUGCUGGAGAAAAAAAUGUCUGCCACUCAAGAUGAAAGAAGUGAAGGCGGGGGAAAAAAAUUAUUAAAAUGGCUCCAUAAAUAUGGUCUUAUCUCAACAAUGUGUACAGUUGUCCCAAUUUGAUAGUCAACUUGUAAAUGCGCAAUGUAGUGAUUUGUUUGUCUCGUGUGCGUGCGUGUGUUUCAAAAUUGUAUGAUGAAGAUUCCUUUUUUUUCCCUCCACUUAUUUCAGGCCUUGAGGCCAGCUGAGGCAGCUUGGUCUCCGGUCUUAGAGAGCUGACCAAAGGGCCGCACAGCUUUUUCUCCUCCCAUAUCGACCUGGGAGUUGACACAAUUUCUGCAUUAAUCUUGAGAAUCUAUUUGUAAAGAGAUAUGUAUAUGGACUUACGAUUUUUUUUUUUCCACUGAUUUUAUUUAUGAGAAAUUGUUCAUUGAACUGUUUAAUGCAGCAAAAGUCUUUAAUUCCCCAGGUUAUAUUAUACAUAUAUACAGACAUACAUAUAUAUCUACAUAGAUUGAUUUAAUGCACUGUGGGUUAAUUGUGAUAAGUGGUUGGAAUUCCUCUGGAUGUAAUUCUUGGUUUAAAAGUAAGAUUGCCUUUAGUAUGUUGCUGGUGAAGUGGGAGUUGUGUGUAGCUGUAUUCUAAUCAUUACGCAAACAUUCUCAAACUUCAGUGUUUUUCCUGUAGUACUGUUUGCAUUAAAGGUGUGUGUGUGCCCCGUAUUGGGUCUCACAAGUGUAAUUUCCAAA